AUGAAUCACAGAGUGCAAAUAUUAGUGAUCUUUGGCCUGGUUAUUGGCAGUCACGCUCGCAUUCCCAACCUGCGACGCGUUGUCGGAUCGGGACGCAGUAAUUUGGAUAUAGACGUCGAGGAACCGAUUGGUCCUCAAAUUCUCAUCUAUUCCCCAGGCGAAGCCAUGGCCAGAUCCGAUGACCAGGAGCCCACCUUCCACGAACCACAAAUCAGGGAAGAAGCACCGGACACCGAACUGGAUAAGGACAGUCGCAAAGUGCCCGACUACCUCUACUCGAAUGCCAUUCCCAUGGUGAACGAUCAGAAUCUGAAGUAUGUGGUUCCCCAAGUGGCCGCCUUCCCAGUGGCCUAUGGCCCUCAGUUAAUCUCCAACAAGAAUGCCAUUGGCUCCAACCAAGGAAAUGGUCUUUCCUACGUUGUGGUGCCUCGAGUCCAAUUGGGUUUCAAUGUUCAGGGCCAGUCGGGCUUCAAUUGGCCUGGUCUGAAUCUGCUGCCAACGAAUCUGGCCGGUGAUGCCGCCGUUGCCGAGAAGGAGGAACCCCAAGCACCCACCGCCUACAUACCCAUUCCAGUGCCCGGUCCUCCUGGUCCGCCAGGUCCACCAGGCCAGCGGGGACCUGCAGGUCCGCCAGGUCCUCGGGGUCCACGCGGUCCUGCCGGCGAGUCUGGCAUUAUUUCGGCCCAGAAACCUCAGAGCAUUUGGUACACCCAAGCUGGUACCAGCAAUAAUAAUCUUAAUAGCAAGCCCCAGUACAACCAGCCCUUUUCCGGUGGCUAUCAAAGCUGA